AGCCACAAUUGUAGCAGGACGCUGACGCGGAAACUACAACCACACUUACCGGCAUGUAAAUACAACCUAACUGCGCUUUGCAUAGCCCGCGUUUACCGAUGUUUAAUGUUAACCCCACCUCGAUUUGUUGAGAGGGAAUCGAACUGUGUUCCGAUGUGAGAGUGGUGUCUGUAGUGAACGGUCGCGAUGCUGUCCACCGGUCCACAGCUGCGGCUGCUGCGGCUUCUCUCCUGUGUUACUCUGCUUCUGCUCUUCGGAGGCAGCAGCGCCAAGAGGGAUUUAAAAAGCGCCUGUAGCACAUGUCGAAAAAUCACCGACGACUUCGGCAAGGGCUAUGACCGAACAGCCAAGCAGAACUUUGGUGGAGGCAACACCGCCUGGGAGGAGAGGAAGCUGUCCAAGUACGAGACGAGUGAGAUUCGUCUGAUGGAGAUUGUGGAGGGCCUGUGUGACAGCAGCAGCUUCGAGUGCAACCACAUGGUAGAAGAGCACGAGGAGCAGUUUGAGACCUGGUGGUUCAAGAGGAAAACAAAACAUCCUGAUCUGCAUAAGUGGUUCUGUGUUGAAACCAUCAAAGUGUGCUGUCCCAAGGGAACGUUUGGACCGGACUGCAACGCCUGUGUCGGCGGCUCUGAGAGACCCUGCCACGGAAAUGGAAUGUGCGACGGCGAUGGGACCCGCGGAGGGAACGGAGAGUGCAGCUGUAGCCACGGUUACGAGGGGGAGUUCUGCCUCGACUGCAUCGACGGCCACUUCAACGAAGUGAGGAACGACACCUUCUCCCUUUGCACCGAAUGCGACUCGUCUUGCAAGACCUGCACCGGAGGAACCAGUCAGGACUGUGAUGAGUGCAAGGACGGCUGGGAGGAGGACGACCAGGAAACCUGUGUCGAUGUGAACGAGUGCUCCGAAGACGCUUCUCCAUGUGAGAAAGAUCAGUUCUGUCUCAACACAGAAGGCUCCUACUCCUGCAAGCCUUGUGAUAAAGUUUGCUCCGGCUGCACUGGAGAAGGCUCUGAUAAGUGCCAGGCUUGUGCCGGCGGCUACGAGGACGCAGAGGGCACCUGCACAGACGUGGAUGAGUGCUCCCAGUCCGAGCCGGUGUGUACGAAGGAGCACCAGAAGUGCAUCAACACUAAAGGCAGCUACGUGUGUAUCUGUGAGGUGGGCUACGAGGAGGAGGAGGGCGAGUGUUUGCAACCGCCACAGCCAGAAAAAGAGGAGGAGACAGAAGCGGAGGAGACGAGCACUCGUACAGAACUUUGAUGUCUGGGACCAUUAGAGGAAAGUCAGUAAGACGCUGAUCUUAGAGAUCGUCAACGAUGAGCACUUGAAGUACCAGCUGCACUUGGACCGACUGGAAGCUGCUGUCACAGUGUUUUCCAGCUGUGGACCGGGGAUUACAGGACAGAAGGAAAGAGACAUUUGAUGCUCUUAGUAACGCUGGUUGGUGUUGUCGCUUUUCUCUGGUGUGUGCGAAUGACCACUUGUUGUCUUUAUCUGUUGUAUGGUUUUAAAAUUAGGAGGCGUUUCAAUAAAGGUGAAUCAUUUUGAAUUUAAGGUAAA